AUGCAGGAGCCUGGUGUCGCCGAGAAGGAGUUCUCGCCGGCGAACGCCCGGUACCUGAUGAAGCAGAUCCUGUGCAACCGCUUCACCUCCUCGGCGGUAGGCGGCGAGAAGCCGGCGGACGAGGAGCCGCUGCCGCCGUGGCUGACGGAGGAGGACGUGGGGCACUUCGCGUCGGAGUUCGAGCGGACGGGCUUCACGGGGCCCAUCAACUACUACCGCAACAUGGACCGGAACUGGGAGCUGGCGGCGCCGUGGGCGGACGCCAAGGUGGAGGUGCCCACCAGGUUCAUCGUCGGCGACGGCGACCUCACCUACCACUACUCGGGCAUCCAGGACUACAUCCACAAGGGCGGGUUCCAGGCCGACGUCCCGGGGCUCGACAGCGUCGUCGUCAUCCCCGGCGCCGGACACUUCGUCCAGCAGGAGAAGGCCGACGAGGUCAGCCAGCAUAUCUACGACUUCAUCUCCAAGUUCUGA